CUCCCGCAGCUUUCGGAGUGCAGGUCCGGCCGAGGCAGCCGCUCGGAGCUCUCGGGGGAGGCGGGGAGCGAGGGUCUGCGGACGGCGGAGCGGGGCCGGGCGCCGACGCGGGAGCGGGAGCGGCCGAGGAGCCGGCAGCAGCCGCCUGACGGGCCCGGGCUAACGCGUCCGAAGCUCCCGCAAACUUGAGCGCGCGCUCGCGCCCCUCGCGCCGGCGGCUCGACGAUGAAGAUGGUGGCCCCCUGGACGCGGUUCUACUCCAACAGCUGCUGCCUGUGCUGCCAUGUCCGCACCGGCACCAUCCUGCUCGGCGUCUGGUACCUGAUCAUCAAUGCCGUGGUGCUGCUGAUUCUGUUGAGUGCCCUGGCUGAUCCAGAUCAGUAUCACUUUUCAAGUUCUGAACUUGGAGGUGACUUUGAUUUCAUGGAUGAUGCCAACAUGUGCAUUGCUAUCGCGAUUUCUCUUCUCAUGAUCCUGAUCUGUGCAAUGGCUACGUAUGGAGCAUACAAGCAACACGCAGCCUGGAUCAUCCCUUUCUUCUGUUACCAGAUCUUUGAUUUUGCCCUAAACACCUUGGUUGCAGUCACUGUGCUUGUUUAUCCAAACUCCAUCCAGGAAUACAUACGACAGCUGCCUCCUAAUUUCCCUUACAAAGAGGAUAUCAUGUCAGUGAAUCCUACCUGUUUGGUCCUUAUUAUUCUUCUGUUUAUGAGCAUUAUCUUGACUUUUAAGGGUUACUUGAUUAGCUGUGUUUGGAACUGCUACCGAUACAUCAAUGGCAGGAACUCCUCUGAUGUCCUGGUUUAUGUUACCAGCAAUGACACUACAGUAGGCUGUCAUCUGUGCAGACUGCGGCCCUGCCAGGCGUCCUUCCCUGGUACUGUUUGAGGACAAGGAGGAGUGAAGCAGGAACGCAAUUCAUUUAGGUGCUGUUACCCCCGUACGAUGAAGCCACCGUGAACGGUGCUGCCAAGGAGCCGCCGCCCCCUUACGUGUCUGCCUAAGCCUGGAAGUGCGGCGUAGCUGGGAGCCACAGCUUGACUUUCACACAUCAUAGCCAUAGUUCUUUAAUUUUUCUUCUGAGAUGAACGCCUGAGCUUCUUUGUUGCUGAAAUGCUACAGUUUAACAUUUUAGAUGUUAAGUUGAAACUCUCUGUCGCUUGAAACCUAUGCUUUUGCUAGAGCACUACUGUAGAGUAACUGUAGAGUUCUUUCUGUGGGGUGGGGUGGGCUCGCCUCGUCUUCCCUCAGCGUUGAAAUCGGCGUUGAAACUACCCAACCAUCUGGAUGAACCUUUUGUCCAAGGAGUCUGUUGUACGUGCUGAGCCCCAGAGUUGAAGAAUUUGUGACACUUUUCUCUCCCUUCCCUCCUUUCUCUUUUGAAAGUGUAAAAUAAAAUCACAGUUACACAAUACUUUUCUUAGGCCAUUCCGGUUACUAGAACAAACCCUUAGGAGAUGAGGAAUGUUCAUUGUAUAAGGAGUCCAUAUAUACAUAAAUAAAAACAAGAAUUUCCUUAGAUCCUUUAUGAUUUAAAUUCAGUGAUAAUUUGAGUUUGCUGGUCAAGGAUUUUUGUCCAUGGGCUAAAUGGAGACCCUUUGUCAGUCUCUGGCAGUGAAGACAGUCAGUCACCACCCCGGUGGCGGCUCUUAUACACCCAUGUCUGGGGUCACAUCGUGGCGUGUUAGAGGGGAACUGAUUGGCUUGGUGCUGCGUGGUAUCGGGUUCUCCCUCUCUCCCGGUUUCCCAUCCCUGCCCAGAGCCCCCUUUCACUAAGUGUUCUGCCCAAGGCUGACUCAGGGAGGACAUCUAUCAACCUGUGUCACGUGUAAUUGCUGACAUGUAUUUACCCAACAGUGUGAAAAAAAGGUUUUCUUCUCUUCCUGCAAGGCACACCCGACUACUUUGAACUUCUGAGUAUGCCACGUCAUCUUUUAAAAUGAAUGUAAAAUGGUCUUCAGAAAAAUGGAAGGUCGGGGUGGGGGUGCUUUCCUUGUGAAAUGCCCUUAUCUUGACGAUCUGAAUGUCAAGGGACUUUUAUAUAUUCAUAUGUCCAGAAGCCACUGUUCUCCUGUUCACUAUUGAAUGUGCUGUAAAUGAAGGUAUUUGCAAUUAAAGUGAAAUUUGCCCACAUCCAAGAAAACCCCUUUUUACUC